AACCGCAGAAGAAGAAGGAGAAGAUAGAGGCGCUAACAGCUAGCCAGUCCGGGUACGUCGAGGAAAUUCUUAGAGUUGUCUUUUUUUCAUUGCACUGCCCUUUAUCGCCGCCGUCACGAGCGCUGCAGGAUUGUUGGGGUUUUAGCUCUUCACCUGACCUGCCAACAUGCCAGCCGCACUUACAGAUUCCAGUCAGAUAAUCUGUGAAGUCUGGGCGAGCAAUGUGGAGGAAGAAAUGAGGAAGAUCCGGCAGAUUAUCCAAAGCUACAAUUACAUUGCCAUGGACACAGAAUUCCCUGGAGUGGUUGUCCGACCGAUCGGCGAGUUUCGCAGCACAGUGGACUACCAGUACCAGCUGCUGAGGUGUAACGUCGACCUCCUGAAGAUCAUCCAGCUUGGGCUCACGUUCAUGAACGAGGACGGGGAUUAUCCUCCCGGGACGACGACGUGGCAGUUCAACUUCAAGUUCAACCUAACAGAAGACAUGUACUCACAGGACUCCAUAGACCUGCUCCAGAACUCCGGCCUGCAGUUCAAAAAGCACGAAGAAGAGGGAAUCGACACACUCUACUUCGCCGAGCUUCUCAUGACGUCCGGCCUGGUACUGUGUGAAAACGUCAAGUGGCUCUCCUUCCACAGCGGCUACGACUUCGGCUACCUGGUGAAGCUUCUGACGGACGCACGGCUUCCUGAAGAGGAACACGACUUCUUUCAGAUCCUCAACCUGUUUUUCCCAGCAAUCUACGACGUCAAGUACUUAAUGAAGAGCUGCAAGAACCUAAAGGGAGGUCUACAAGAAGUGGCAGACCAGCUGGAGCUGAAGCGGAUCGGGAGGCAGCAUCAGGCGGGAUCAGACUCUCUGCUCACGGGCAUGGCUUUCUUCAGGAUGAAAGAGCUUUUCUUCGAGGACAACAUCGACGACGCAAAGUAUUGUGGGAGGUUGUACGGCCUGGGCUCCGGCUCCAGCCAACCCCAGAACGGCAUCUCCAGCUCGGGCCAGGAGGAGACCAACAACAAACACUGACCGAGCGACUCGGCUCUCCAAGUGGAACACGCACUUGUUUUAAAACCCAACCAGCAGAUUCCCCUCUCGGACGUCCCCCCCCAAACACUCUGAUCCCUGAACAAGACUUAACUGAAACUCUUUGUUUAAGCUCCUGAGUGACUGUAAACGGACUCACAGUGACCGCGGAUCCUUCACUGACGUUUCUUUUUAGUCGCUUUUUACUGAGUAUAUGGCCAUAUAUUCACAAACCCUUUUAAAAUCUCUUUGUUUUACAGCAUCAGUGACUCCUUUCUUUACAGCUUGGGACCAGCUCCUGUAUCAUACUGUGAUUUUUAGACCAAACAGAUUCUUCAGUUCAGACUAUCCUUUCUCAUCAGUGGGACUCAUCUCUUGUUGCAGGGAUUUCUUUUUCUUUUUUUUUUCUUUUUUUUUUUUUAAGUUAAUGCUGGACGGGCCUGUAAAUUAAAAUGUAUAAUUUUGAUGAAAAUAAAAAUGUUUUAGCUCUUUUUCCACGUUCAGAAACUUUUAACAGUUGGGCGUCGAGGUGUAUAACUGUGCUUGGUUAUGCAUGUGUUUCAAUGGGCAAACUACUGUCGUUCUGUACAUUCACCCGCCAAAGCAAACUGUCCACGGUCAGGUUCACUGUGGUUUACUGUUGUUUUUACAUUCGACGUUGUUUUAAACAGUUGUAUAUUAAAUUGUUUUGUAUUCUCAAUGUAAA